UACUUCCUCCCGGCGAGCGCGAGCGCGACCACUGCUGCUGCAGAACCAAGAUGGCGUCUCACGGUGCAGUGCUGUCAGUGUCCCGAAUGAUUUCUCCUUUCUGGGGCGGUCGCCUCGGAAAUACGGUCAAAGUAUUUGGACCCACUGUGACAAGUCGCAGGAAUCGGACCAUGCUCCCAGGAGAUAACAUUCCGCCUCCUGCAAAGUACGGAGGCAGACACACUGUGACCCUCAUUCCCGGAGACGGCAUUGGUCCUGAGCUGCUCAAUCAUGUCAGAGAGGUUUUCAGGUUCAGCUGUGUGCCAGUGGACUUUGAGGUGGUCCAGGUCAACUCUGCCUUGGAGAGUGAGGAGGAUAUCAAUAAUGCCAUUACUGCCAUCCGCCGUAAUGGAGUUGCCCUCAAAGGUAACAUAGAAACCAUUCAUACCAUGCCGCCAUCUGUCAAAUCCAGGAAUAAUCUCCUUCGCACAAGUUUAGACUUGUAUGCCAAUGUGAUGCACUGCCAGUCCCUCCCCGGAGUCCAGACCCGCCACAAGAACAUUGACAUCAUGAUCAUCAGGGAGAACACGGAGGGAGAAUAUAGUAGUCUGGAGCACGAGAGCGUCACUGGUGUCGUGGAGUGUCUUAAGAUCAUCACCAGGAACAAUUCCCUCAGGAUCGCAGAGUAUGCCUUCCGCCUGGCCAGAGAGAAGGGCCGCCGUAGGGUCACCGCCGUACACAAGGCCAACAUCAUGAAGCUCGGUGAUGGCUUGUUCCUGCAGUGCUGCAGAGAAGUGGCCUCUGGUUACCCAGACAUCAAAUUUGACGCCAUGAUUGUGGACAACACCACCAUGCAGCUGGUGUCCAAGCCCGAGCAGUUUGACGUGAUGGUGAUGCCCAAUCUGUACGGGAACGUCGUGAGCAAUGUGUGUGCCGGCCUGGUGGGAGGGCCCGGCCUUGUGCCUGGAGCCAAUUUUGGCCGUGACUAUGCCGUGUUUGAAACGGCCACAAGGAAUACAGGGAAGAGUAUUGCAAACAAGAACAUUGCAAACCCCACUGCCAUGCUGCUAGCUAGCUGCAUGAUGCUGGACCACCUUAAGCUUCACGAUCAUGCGAGUUCAAUCCGGAAUGCAGUCCUCACUACCAUGAACGAAACCAGGUUGCACACGGCUGAUAUCGGGGGUCAGGGCACCACUUCAGAUGUGGUCCAGUCUGUCAUGAGGGGCAUCCAGAGCAAAGGGCAGCUCACAUCAGAGCGCUAAACCCCCAGAGAGGAUUCCACACACACACACACUCGCACUUACUUCAGAAGUGUGAGCUUGAACAGGUGUGGACUUGAAGGACAGGUGUACAGUAAAAGAGAAGGAUAUCCAUGAUUGUCUAUUUCCAUAGCUUAUCUCUGACCUCACAACGGUUUUCCCCUUUUCCCUCUUCACGCUGCUAACUGACCAAUUUACUGUACAAACAGCCUUUUGUCAACACCUGCCGGUUUCACUAAUAACAUGACCUUCACAUAGAAUUUCAUAAUUUUCCCUUUUAGAUGCUGGAUGGAUUAUAUUUCCAGAGGUCAAUAGAUUCAUAGAGUUGAAAAUCUGGGUCCUGUCAGAAAUAUCUUGAGACGAUGGUCUUUGAAAUGACCGUAAAUGUGGAUCAUUAUUUAUUUUACAGCUCAAGACAAAGUUACAGCCGUUGAAAAAAAACGCAAUAUUCGCUGAACACCUGAACUUCAUUUCUGUAAUUUAGUCAAUCAAGUCUUAUAUACUGUACUGCACUGUACUAUCUGUACGCUCACAUCCUUUAACUGUACUUGUGCUGUUGUUGUGGCUUCUUUAAUUCACAUUGUAGCGUCAGAGGAGGAGAGUUACAUCAAGCAACUUCUGUCAAGGUUGAGCUUUUAUGCUUAAUGUUUUUUUCAGUGUGGAUCAUAUUGGGUGUAACUGUAACCAGGCAACAGCUCUUACUGUGUGAUAUGAAACGAUUUUCUUUCUCAUGUAUCAUCUGGAGGUUUGGAAUUAUAUACUGUAUAACAUAAAUAUGAUCAAUAAAGAAGUUAUCUAUCUUA